AUGGGCCUGAAAUCGGUCAUGGACAUUCCCUCCAAGGCACAGGUUAGCGAAGCCCGACUCACCAUAGACCAUUGUGAGCAGGAGCUGAACACGAUAUCUUGCCAAAUCGCCGCCGAGGAGUCCCGAGUAGUCAAGCUCAUCAAGGAGGCUCACGAACGGCUCGCAGCGCUUCAAGCCAAGAAGAAUAUUCAACAAAAGAGAAUAGAAAAUGCACGGGCCAUGUUGUCACCGAUUCGGUCAAUGCCCCCAGAGUUACUGGGAAAUGUAUUUAUCUAUGCAUUUGAGGCCGACCCAUUGGUUGCGUGGCGAUUAGCGGCCGUCUGUUCGGCGUGGCGACGCCAAGCACUGUCGACAUGUCACAUAUGGACACGGCUUCAUGUGAAAACAAAUGCUCGUACUGACCCCGAGUUGUUCAGACUCUGGCUUGAGCGAUCUGGCAACACGCUCCCGCUCGACAUUGAAAUUACCCUAUUUGACCCCACCCCCCGCAACCGCUCACCUCGGACACCCAAGAGGCACCGCGCGAGUGAAGUCAUCUCGUUUGCACCACCCAGUCCGGUGAUCCCAGACAUCACAUCCCCUCCUCCUUUCAGCACUUCCAUCAUCCCUCCUUUCCCUAUUGGUGGUCCCAGCCUUCCUCCCAUAAGCCCUCCUCCAGAAAACACCAAUGCACCAUCCAAUGAAUCUGUUGUUCCGCCUCCGCCCCUUCCCCAGUUUAACCCGCCAUCCCUUCCGUUUCCACCCGGUCCUUCAACUCUUACUGGCGGAUUCACCACUACGGCAUUCACUGUGAACGGACCGGGAUUGGGUUCACUACUCACAACAUUGGCCAGUUUGAAUCCUGGAGGUGCGGUCGCAAAUCUGAUGGCUAGCUGGGCUGCAAAUGGCGAUGGAAUUCCGGGCCUUGGGUUGCCACCACCACCGCCACCACCUCCUCCAUUCCCGAGCAUGUUCGACGGGCCUCCAUCUCCCAUUACUGAGCUGCCCAUAGAUUCUGGCAAUGACUCAGACGAAGACGCAGGCGAGCCCCAUUUGCCCAUGCCCAUGCCCAUUCCGAUGCGCUCUUCGAGUAUCCUGGCGCGUCCGGCCCACCUACGGGCAGCACAAAGCUGGGGGCACAUCGUCUUGCACUAUUUGCACGCGGCAAUGCCCCGCUGGAAACGUUUCAUUUUCCAGUUCGAGAAUGUCACUUGUGCGCUCCCUGGCUGGACUGCGUUGGAAAGCCUCAAUAACAAGGCGCCACUAUUGGAAGAGUUCGCGGUUGUUUGUUCGGAUGCGCGGGGGGCAGUCACACCGUGGAUCACAGAUUGGUCAUGGCUACCAACUAAUCUCAAGGGCGGUAUGGCUCCAAGGCUCAAGUCACUCGAGCUGAGGAAUAUGCCUUUCGCAUGGAACGCCCCCAUGCUGACAAACUUGACAACCCUGCGACUUGGCCAGCCUCUGCCGCUGUCGUCUGCUUCAAACGCACGGAGGAGCCAACAAAUGACCAUUAUCACCUUGGGCCUUGAUCGCCUUCUCAGCCUAUUACAACGUAAUCCUAAGCUUGAAAAUCUUGAGAUUCAUGUGACAUUGAGCGAUCCGCUGUUGCCCCUAGAACCUACCGAGCUCCCGUACCUGACGUCUCUGGCCAUAUCCGGCGGACGGAAUGCUCUGAAGCUUCUCGAACAGGUCAAGCUUCCCGCGCUUCAAGUUCUUGAUGUUCAUAUUACAGCCCGGGGAGAUAUGGACGACGUGUUGAGUCGAUUGUACGUUCGCUCCGCGAACCCGCCGGUUAGGGAUUUCCGAUACGUCGCUGGCCAACGAACUGGCUGGGGGAGCAGUUUUGCGGGGAGCGGGCCGUUCCCAGUAACAUUCCUCGAUCACAUCAGCGACACUAUCAAAAGGCUCGUAGCAGUUAAAUGCACGCUCCAGACUCUGCUGAGCGAAUUGGCGGACGCACGGGAGGGUGCAGUCCUAUGCCCAGUGUUGAAACAGCUGUGCCUGUUCGAUUGUCAUUCCCAACAUAAUUUUGUGCAGCAGUUGAUCCGACUCGUCGAAGUCAGGAACCCAGCUGGGAGUACGAGCAGCGGUGUUCCCGCUCGAUUGAAUACACUCAAUUUGCGAGGAGGACCAGACUUGGAUUCGGACGUGGUAGAGUGGUUGAAAACGCGUGUGAUCGAUGUGCAGUAUACCGAUUCGAAAGCCCCCCAACCGUCGUCUACCUUCCCGUACCCCUAUACCAAAUUAGAUUCUUUCAUUUAG